AUGCACGAUCCUGAAAGUGGCGAUACAUCCGAUGAGAUUAUCGAGUUGACUGAGGGCUGGUCGGUGUGCAACGACGACAUCUACAGCAUAGCCAAUCAGCUAUUAUCGCUAGCUUUCGCCGUGAAGUAUUUCGGUGACGAUUCCAGCCGUUCGCGACUUUUGGGCGUUUGCGAAUCGUUUUACUCGGAGCUGGGAGCGCUUGGCGAGCAGGUGGAGCCGCGCCCCGCCUUCAACUACGAUCGCGUGUACGAGUGGCUUCGUCGUACGCUGGAGGAUCGUUCUGCCGCGCCUGAGAGCGAGGAUGUGUUGGUAGACGAGGACAAAUCGACGCUGUACGCGAUCUGUCCGAUAUCACGUCGUGGCAUCUCCCAACCAGUGUCGCAGAAGUUCUCCUACGGAGAUGACUCAUGCGACCACGUGUUUGACCAGACGAGCAUAAAGGAGCUGAUACGCGCGUCCAGAUGCACGUCUGUCAGUUGCCCCGUGGCCGGUAAGUGCAUUAUGCUUUUAGUUACUGCCUAUUUGCCACUGCCAUUUCCUAUACAUGUGCAUCACGUGGUACUUUUUAGUGGUAGUAUGAACUCUAAGUGGUAUGGAAUGACGGUAAUGGAGGCACGGGAUGUGAGUUUGCAAUCGCCUUCACCGAUUGCUCGGAGUGAGGUCCAUGCCCCUAGCUGA